AUGUCAUCCUCUUCAAGGAUUGUGCCUCAGGAUGAUGGCAAGCAGCCUGACACCAACACCGAACCCGCUACAAAGGCAGCAGACAACGACAACGAUGGUGGCAGCAGCAGUGAAGAUGACACUGGCGCCGGAGGAGACCUUCCUAUGAGCAUGACCGCUUCCGUCAUGUUGACACAUCUGCCCAAGGACGCAAGCCAGGCGCUGAAGGAGGUCGAAGAGAUUGAUGAUCGAAAAGUCUCCGUCCGCUUUCAGCCUGUCGGCGCUGCCCCGAUCCUCAAACAACGCGUCUUCAAAAUCAGCGCCUCCUCGAAAUUCAGCGUGGUGUUGAACUUCCUGAGGAAGAAAGUCGGUGUCAAAGAGGGCGACGGGCUAUUUUGCUAUGUGAAUAGUGUCUUCGCACCAGGCUUGGAUGAAGGUGUGGGCAACUUGUACCGGUGUUUCAAGGUUGACGACCAAUUGAUCGUUAGCUAUUCUACAACGCCGGCUUUUGGAUGA